CCUACCCUGCCCUUACGACUGGGCCAUGGGAGUAUUCCAUUGUAGUCGCAUAAUAUACAUGGAGCAGGAAAAUGACCAACGAGAUCAAACUGUGUAGUUAAACCACACCACCCGGGAAUGGACGCUUUCAAAGCCGUUUGAGUCUGGACGAUGGACAGCCAAUGCUUCUGAUGUGGGUCGUUCUCCUGCUUCUUGGAUGUUCAUCUUCUUUCUUUCCGUGAGACGAUGAUUUUGGAUUAUCAAGCAGUUGCUUUCAUGCUGCCGACCCUCUCGGGUGUUGCGUUGGAGAAUAGACAAGCAGGACAUUGUUUCGCAAUAUCAUUAUUCUAACAGGACAGAACUGAUAUUCUUGGCCAUGGAGAGUCGUGUUCUCUUGCCAGAAGACCUGGUGUUGAGUGUAAGGAUCAAUCAUGAUUGCUCGUCGUCUGUGGCACGCCUUCUGGAGCAGACGGUGGGUGUGGUGGCACGUGUUAACCUCUCUCAAGGCACUCGGUUCUACCCGCUUCAGGGAACAAUUCGAGUCGGGAAAUUGGAUAUCUACUCAUCGCUUUCAAACGAAGACAUUCGACACAAAUGUGGAGCCUGGGAUGAAAUCGAGGAUUUGGAACGAGGUCGAAUCCGUCAAUGCAACUGGGUCCGUUUUGUGCAAAUCAAAGAUGACCCGCCGCUAAGCGGUCGGUCAGAAAAGGUGGGGAACCUGACUGUCGUCCCAGGGAGGCCAAACAUGUCUUAUCAAGAAACGCCGACCGGUCACAUUGCAUUCGAGGUGGUGAGGGAUAUCCCAGCGGGAGAUGAAUUAGUGCUUGAUAUUGGCCAAAUUGGAACGAAACACGCCCAAAGAACAAUCGUGGAUGGUGGUGGCCCAAACUCAAUUAUAAUUAGAGCAAUCUCCAAACUUAUGUCAGACUUGCCCAUGGAUCUCUCUCUGCCACUUUUGAUGGAGCCGUCCAAGCAAUCCAACAGUCCGGGCCCAAGUCUUGUCGAACCCGUGGCAAUCUAUUGCUCUGACGCGUCCAGCAAUGAAGAUUCACAAUUGUCCCUCAUUUCCAGCUCGAACAGUCCAAGUUUACUAUCCCCUGAUAGGCCCUCCAGUGCUGACACCCAUUCCAGUAUAGAAACCUCUGUCCUUCUUCAAAACAAGAACAGCAACAACAAUAAUAAUAAUAUUGAUAAUAAUAAUAGCAAAAACAAUAACAACACCAUGGUUGACAAACAUUAUUCCAAUGAGGAUGACCGAUCGAUCAAGAAGUCCAGCAAAGGCAAGAAAAUGCUCUCAUGCAAAUAUUGCGCCAAAUGCUUCGACCGACCUUCCCUACUGAACCGUCACGUCCGCACUCACACUGGUGAGCGACCUCAUGUCUGUGAUAUCUGCAACAAAGGCUUCUCAACCUCGUCCAGACUCAACACUCACCGGCGCAUUCACAGUGGCGAGAAGCCUCACGAGUGCGGCGUUUGCGGCAAGCGGUUCACCGCCUCCAGCAACCUGUAUUACCACAGGAUGACCCACGUCAAGGAGAAACCACACAAAUGCGAGUUGUGCCAAAAAUCGUUUCCAACACCAGGCGACCUCAAAUCACAUAUGUACAUUCAUAACGGAUCUUGGCCGCACAGGUGUCACAUUUGUGAUAGAGGGUUUUCGAAAGUGACCAACUUAAAAAAUCACAUCUUCUUGCAUUCAGGCCAAAAACCUCAUCGGUGUUCAAAGUGUGGCAAAUGCUUCGCGUUAGGGUGCAAUAUGAAAGCGCACAUGAAGACACAUGAAUCGUGAAGAUCUCCAUUAUAUUUAUGGUCUUUCAUAUCAUUUGAAUGCCUCCGUAUUCGGAGUGGUUUUAUAUUUGAAUUACAAGCAAGUGCCAAAUCAAUGAAUCUGUGACAAUGACCAAGCUUGACACCACCUAAGCAUCUAAACCUGUACCAAUGUUUUGUUUCACAAAUUAAAUUCUGACGA